UGCUGGCUGCAUGGGGCGGCGGAGGAACCGGGUGGAAGGGGCGGCCAGGGCCCUCCCUGAGGCUAUUGCUGCGUUGAGUCGGUCCCUGCCCGCUGGGCCCAGCCCUGAAAUCUUCCGCCGCGCGAAGUUUGACCGUCCAGAGGCGGCUCCCGUGCUCUGGCAGCUUCUCUUACGCGUGCUCUCACCACUUGCUGCUAACAAUACCUUGACCGACCUUGCUCCAGAGGCCCAAGCCCGUGUGGUGAAGUCAGCACUGGACUCCCAGGGCUACCCCAGGUCUGCACUGGUACAGUUUCCUGAGGGCAGUUCUCAGAGAAGCCGGGAACUGCUGCUGGCCCUGUCUUGGCUUCUGGCACGAGGACCCUUCCUUGAGCAGCUGCUUGCCCAGACCCGUGUGCAGUUGGGUGAUCAGCUGCCCCAGUGUGAGUAUGAGGCCCUGGCCCUCCCUGGUCCUCUUGCACCCUGUGUGGAAACAGAGAGUCCGGUGGAUCUCCGACUAGUGGAAUGGCUGAUGGGAAAGCUGCGGUUUAGGUGGCGACGCCUGAUCUCCAGUCAGCAGGAGCAGUGCACCCUGCUUAGCAAGAUCCACCUGUACACCCGUGGAUGUCACAGCCAGCAGAACCUUGGCCAUCUUUCUGUUGCUGAGGCAGAGAUGCUCAGAGACCCGGAGAGCAAUCAGCAGCUUCUGCAGGCACUGGAGACUGAGAACAUACGCCUGGGGGCGGCUCUGGAGUGGCGGCAGUGUGAGCUGGUCUUCUGGCAGUGGAUGGAUACAGUUCUGGAUGCCUGCUUGUCAGAGAAUCCUGCUGUGACCUCACAGCCCACAGUUCUGCCCAUGAUUUCUGAACGUGGGCUUGGUGAGCUGGAGUUGGUAAAACAAGAGCUGCAGGCCCUGCAGGAGGAGCUACGGGAAGUGGCUGAGCCCCGGAGGGCGGCAUGGGAAGCCCAGGUUGGAGGCCUAGGUCAGGGGCCAGAGUGGAGCAUGACAAGGAGAGCCUUGCAGGAGGCUGUCAAACAGGAGUUGAUUGCCCUGCAGGGAUCCUGGGAGCCAUCCAGUAACUCUACCCAGCCCCAGAGACCCCAUCGGCUGGUGAGAAGUAAGGAUGAGUCGCCAGGACCUGAAGGCCUACAGGCAGCUGAGAUGAUCAGGACCCUGAGCACCCAGGAGGCCGGUCUGAAAAGGGUGUUGCACCAGCUGCGGAGCCAGUGUCAGCAGGAGCUGGCCAGGCUGGCUGGUGCUCUGCCUGGCUUGAUUUGGAUUAUGGUUCCUGGACACUGAAGGCCCCAAGGUGUGCCCACCUGUGUAGAGGUCUUUGUAGGGUCUCAGAGGAGCAGACUGGGGCUGGCAUGGGAGCAGGGGUCCAGGCCAUGUAUUCUUUCCAGGGCCAGAGCCCUGUUGCCUACAGUUUUGGAGUCACCGUGGGCCGGUCCUCCAGAGAAGUUUGGAGGGGACCUGUAUAUUUAUAUAUAUACAUGAUAGAGCUGUCUCUGGGGCCACCAGCUUGUUGCCCUCUGCCAUGGUCCUUUAACUUUCUCCUCUUCUGAUACUGGGAUAUACAUGGUGCAUGGUUAGCACCUUGCUGGAAUCACACGUGCUGCACAGUGCAGGAAGCAUUGGGGUCUCCCCCAGUGGAGCAGCUCUGGUUUCCGACUCUAGCUGUACACCUCCUGCAGCAGAGCCUCCUGUGCUGGGCCAUGGAUGUGCCUGUUGUGUGUGGGGAGCUGGAUGGGAGCCCUGGGGCUCUGCCGGGGAGAGAAGAGGAGGGAAGCUGCAGUGCAGACAGAAGGCCUUUGUUCUGAAGGCUGCUGGCAGGCUCAGGUCUCACAAAGCAGCCUGUGUCCAGGAUGUGCCCACCGCCUGGUGGGAUGGCUCUCUCCUAGCCCAGGCUUCUAGCCGGUGGGCCCAGGCGGGUCCUGUGGUUUCUAGCCCUGCCUUCCCUUCCUAUCCCUAGCUCCAAACACUGACCAGACAGACACUGGGCAGGUGGUAGGCCCCACUGGGCAACCUCUAGCCUCCUGCUAAUUCAGGCCAGAGGCCACUACCCAACUCUGAGCACCCUGGACCCUCUGCUAGAACAUUCUCUCAUGGGGUUUUCCUGCUUGCCUGGUGUCAUAUGGUAAGGGUGACAGCUCAUGCCUAGGGUGACAGUUCUGAUACAGGUGGCCUCUGACCCUGAGGCAGGGCACCAUGCUGUUUGUUCCAGUGACUGUUCCUAGCAUGAUACUGGAGGACCAGUGUCUAACAGGCAGGUCCUCCCUAACUUUCAUGACGUAGCUCCUGGAGUCUCUGGAACCUCCUGCCUGCUGCUGGGCCUCUGCUGCCCCUCCUGGCCUGCAGCCCCUGAUAACACUUGCACAGUUCUUCUUGCUGCUUCCACCUGUGGAUUCCAGUUCUGGUCCAAGACACAUGGGAACUUGGCUCCUUGUGACAGUGAUAUGAGCUUUAA